UUACAUUCAGUACGCUGCUGCCUCUCAGCGUACAGAACAGUUCACAGUGGACCAGCUUGUCCAUAACAUUCAUGUUUUUUUCUUUAACUAACGUAAAUGUUGUUAGUCGGUUCCGCCACAGUAAUAGUUAUUUCGGAUUCGUCUCAAGGACCGCGUACGGGAGCCCGAAAAGAACCGAGGACGUGCGAGACUUGAGAGUUUUUAGUAAACAAUCCCUUCGGUCUGCCUGCUAGCUAUUUGCCAAGAUAGUGAUUUUUUUUCUGCAGUCCAAGGAGGAAACAUGAGUUUUCUUUUUGGAAACCGUUCAUCCAAGACGUUCAAGCCCAAGAAGAAUAUCCCGGAGGGUUCUCACCAGUACGAGCUGUUGAAACAUGCAGAGGCUACACUGGGAAGUGGAAACCUGCGCAUGGCAGUCAUGUUGCCCGAGGGUGAAGACUUAAAUGAGUGGGUCGCAGUCAACACUGUGGAUUUUUUCAACCAGAUCAACAUGCUGUAUGGCACCAUCACAGAUUUUUGCACAGAGGAAAGCUGUCCAGUCAUGUCUGCGGGUCCUAAGUAUGAGUACCAUUGGGCGGAUGGAACCAACAUCAAGAAGCCCAUCAAAUGCUCCGCUCCCAAGUACAUUGAUUACCUCAUGACCUGGGUGCAGGACCAGCUCGAUGAUGAGACACUUUUCCCUUCAAAGAUCGGUGUCCCCUUUAAGAGAAACUUUAUGUCGGUGGCGAAGACAAUUCUGAAGCGUCUGUUCAGGGUCUACGCUCAUAUCUACCACCAGCACUUUGACUCUGUGAUGCAGCUGCAGGAGGAGGCCCACCUCAACACGUCCUUCAAACACUUCAUCUUUUUUGUUCAGGAGUUCAACCUCAUUGACAGGAAAGAGCUGGUCCCACUUCAGGAGCUCAUUGAAAAACUGACAACCAAGGACAGAUAAACGACGAUGUAAUCCUUGUGUUUUUUGGUCUUCUUAUUUUUGCACAGAUACCCACCCCGCCCUGGCUGUAUGUAUGCAGUAUCUACUAUAUUUCCAUUCGGGGAAAUGUUUUUAAGAAGGCCAGGAAGAAGGAAGGAUCUUGAUAGGUUUAAGGCACCAGGACUCAUGCUAUCAGGGAUUACACACUCAAUUGAACAAACCACAGAUUAACAUAUUGGACAAAAUGGUUUUAGCUGUACGGAAAGAGCCCCAGUAUUCAGUCACGGCUUACUUUAAGGAUAAUAUAGACAUAUAUGUUCAUUCGUUUUCUAUUUCACUGCACAGAUUCUUUUCUCUUACAUUUGGAUCUCUGAAAACACAAGGCGGUUUCACACUCUUAGAUUCCCAUUCCUAAGAAGAGUGUGGAAGCAGAGAUGCUGUAUCGUAACUUUAGGGCUUUGUUGGUGUUAUGGCAAGAAGUGAAGCCAGCCUUUCAGCCCAUUUCACCACACUAGCUAGUUAUUUUAUCCAUCAGUCUACAUAGAAGGAUCUGGGUUACUUUUCACAUCUGUAAGAGCCCACAUCUGUCAAUACAAAAUAAUCCUAAGUGCCUAGCAUGGCUCAUAAUUGCCCUAUAUCAACAGUGAGAGCUAUAAGAAGAUAAAGGCCAUAUACCACUGACAUCAAAUUUUCUGUGAUUCUUAAUUCCCUCUUAUCUGUACUAUAACCUGGUUUAAAGAUAUUUUUGUUUCUGUUUUUAAAACCACACUCUUCUCCAACCUUUUCCUUAUUUAGUUAGAAAGUGUCUUUCCCGAGGGUUCUGUGCAGGUUAUGAUAAAUGAAUGUGUUAAAGGACAUAGAAGUGAGGCUAGGCUAUCGUCGCGUCGUAGCAGGGAUUCAAAAUCGGCUCAACUUUUAGUGUUUUCUAGUGACCUGUUCCCGUGUACCAGUGGUUUCCCUCAACUUGAAGUGGAAACACAUUUUUAGGGAAAGUGUUCAAGGGAUCUAAAACCUUAAAUUGUAAAUAAAUGUGCUCUAAUAGAAGUAGAGACCUGUGUUUAAAGUCAAAACCGCCACAGUUACAAAAACAAUAGAAGCAUCUUUUAGAAUUGGAUUAUGCUGCUGCAUCCCUCGUUAUCUCACUCGCCAUAAAGCACUUUGAACCAUUUCCCUGACCUCUUUUGCCUGAAUGUUUAUUCUGCAUAGACUGUGCUUUGUGAGACGCUGUAUCAUGUGACUGAUCAUAGUUUAUUUCCUCCCUCAUAUUUCCCCCCCAAAUGAAUGUCGAUUUGCUGAAAUUGGCUCCAAGGCACAAGUGAGAUUUCUUCUGCUUUAUUAUUAUUUUAUUUUGUCUAAUGGUCUGGAGUUGUUUGUUGCCGUGCUUCAAACAGCAGAUGCAUGAACCCUUCCUGAGCUCAAAGUGUAGUUUACUAUGCAAUAAUUGACACAACACUAAAAGGGUUACCGGCUCCUACUUUAUCUAAUGUUACGUUUCCUUCAUCAUGCGUUAAUUCUGCUGUGUGAUGGAAAUGGAAUUCUCUUUCAGGUUUGGUUAAAAAGAAAACCCGGUGAGAUGAACAUUUUAUAUAUAUCUUUAUAUAUAAUUUGUCCGAGGUGUAAUACUUCAAUGCACACGUGUAAAUACUGAGGGUUAGACCUGUCUUAAAGAUGAUUUUCUUUCAGCGAGCACGGAGUGGUUGCUUUUGGUUUAAAGAAUGCGUCGAGUCUUUUUAGAGGCUGCUUCCCCUUCCCCGCCCUAUUUGGAUAUUAAAAUCUUGUUUGUUUUUAUUGUGGAGUAUCUUUUUCCACGUCCUUAAUUAACUAUUAUGAAUGUUACUGCUCACCAGAUAUCUGAAAAUGUAAUAGAAAUCAUCCUGGAAGCAUCUCAUGCCGUAACACAGCCUAUUGCCUACAGUGUGCUCCUCCUCGACUGUAAUAAUGAUGACAUGUUUGUAUAUAAUGGCUUGGUAGAGGGUUUCAAUGCUACUGAAUUGAUUUAUGCUGUUUACAAGGAAAAUAAAGGUGGUCUUGACUCUUUGAA